AUUCAAAAAUUACGGUACGUACGUUACGGUACUACGACGUCACAAUCACGUCAUGUUGCAGGUCGGUUUUGGCUUCAGCCGACCAAGUCCAUGCUUCGAUGCAUGUCUGCAUGUGGAACAAAUAACUGGCCAACUAAUCCCAUACCGGUACCUAACCCACAUCGCGACAUUGACUGGUACGGUAACCGGACGUCACACGUCAGGACGUGGGCCAUGGUUCGCCAUAUUUUUGUCCCGGCUUUUUCCCCCACAACGCGGUAACGUCACACCUGACCUGCAGACCGGGCACUGGUACGCUACCUACUUGCGGUAAUUCGAAAUUUAUUUUUACUUGUCAAAAUUUGAAAAUUUUUCGCAGUUUGGUCAUCAGUUCUGCAAAUAGGUUACAGAUUAUGGUUGUAAUUAGGUUUGCAAAAGCUGUGAAAAACAAUCCAAAAAAGUCUAUCGCUGGUGCAAUCGUCUUAGCAUGGUUCGGAAAAUGGGCAGAAAAAAGAUACAUAGCGCAUCUUUUCAGAAGGGCUGAAUGUCAAACAGCUGUAAAACUUGGACAAAAAAGUUUACAUGAACUUCAAGACGCAAAGCGUGUCACAGUUCUUUUGAACCCUGCUGCGAAUGGUGGAAAAGCAAAUGCUUUGUAUGAGAAGUAUGCAGCCCCAAUACUACAUCUUGCUGGUUAUGAUGUGCAUCUGGUGAAAUUAAACUAUGAGGGAGAAGCUAAAAAACUUAUGUCUGUUGUCAACAAUGACAUUGAUAUGAUUAUUUGUGCUGGCGGCGAUGGAACUCUAAGUGAAAUUGUCACAGGUUUAAUGCGACGACCAGAUUCAAAUUGGAAGAAGAUUCCUAUUGGAAUUAUUCCUCUCGGCAAGAAAAAUACAAUGUGUAGGAGAUUGAUUCAAAAUGCGGAUCAUGAUAAACAACCUCAUUUUAUUUGUAGCGCAGCAUCCGCCAUAACCAGAAGUAUACAAACGCCUGUAGAUGUUAUGAAAAUUGAUGGUUCGACUGGGAAAACUGUUUAUGCUGUUUCAAGUAUCAGUUGGGGCACCUAUAGUGAUCUUCAGGAUAGAAUAAAAAAGUUUUGGUUUCUCGGCCCUCUGAAAUCAUACAUACCAUUUGUUUUGUCUUUAUUGAAGUCUGACCCUACAAAGCCGAGAACAUUUUCUAUAUCAUACACAGACCCUGAGGUUGUUCCUAUUUCCCUAGAAGAAAAUUGUGUGGAAAACAGUUCUGGCCUUUCGGUGUCUUCCCUUCUCUCCAAAAUCUUUUACAGGUUCUGGCCUUGGAAAUCAAAAUCAGAGCCACUCAUUGAACAAACUGCUGAGUUAAUUGAAGAAAAUUGGAAUGAUUUACCCAAAACAAGCAUUGAGUUUUUUGCUCAAGCGAAUAAGCAUUUGAAUUCUGAGGGAAGAGAGAAAGCCUCGAUACAAGUACAGCUCGAGUCUAAUAAUGUGUCGUACACUGAUUUUGUUACACAUGGCCCAUUUAUAUUCCAAAAGGGUGAUCACCCAUUUGUUAACACUGACUCUGAUUUUGAAGUGGAUAAAUUAAAGUUAUCAUCACAAUUAUCUGAUAAUUACGAGCAACACAUUAGUAUUGAUAAUGAUAGAUAUGAAGCAAUGGAUUUAUCUGUCCAAUUAGUUCCCAAUUGCAUUAACAUGAUUUGUUCAAAAUAAAAAGGUUUCUGCAACGAAUUAACUGUCUAUCUAAUCCAUUACCCAACAUGGACUGGUAACCGCACAAGGGGCCAUGGUUCGCCACAUAAUUAAGCCAUCCUUUCCCCUGAUUUUCCACUCCCUUGGAUUGAUUUAUAAUGUCAUUAAUAGUUUAAAAUUCCUGGUAUUGUAGAUUUACAAUGAAGAUGUUCCCUUUUUUCAAAAUACAAUACAAUGUGCAACCCGAUUCUAAUAAGUUAAUGUCGAACAUAGACUAAGGUGGUAUUUCAGUCCGCCCUUCAUACUGCCUUAUGAGGACUUUUUAAUUAAUUAGCUUCAAAACAGACUGCCUUAACUCUUUCUGCAAAUUUUUGUACUGCUCUUUCCUAUUGUUUCACGUAAAUGAAAUUCUUUCCCAAGUCCAUAUGCUCCAAGUUAAAAACUCAUGCUUUGGCAUACUCUUUGAUUUGGUAUUGCCUGUUCCAGAACAAUUUAACAUAAAAUGAAUAGUACGGUUUUGAAUCGAACAUAUAGUCUGCUUGAAAAGCGGGAUAAAACUUUCAGUUUGAAUUGUCCAGAAUAAAAUUAUCCAAUAUUCCAAAUACAGUCUCAAUUACUGUUCACAAAUACAUUUUAAAUUUGGCCAUGUUUGAUGAAUAUAUAUUUUUGUGAGAAUUCCACUCAUAAACCACCAAGUUUUACUUUUCAAACAUACCAUAAUAUGAAUAUCAAAAAAUCAAAUAUUCACCAUUUUCAAAUUAUAAAUUCGUUCGAACAUCCCAGUUCUCAACUGUUCUUCGUAUAGGUAAAUCGUUUGAUUUUCAACAAAAAGUGCAGAGUUAAACAAAUUUCCACUGACAUUCUAAGAGCUAUAUUUAAGUAAAGGAGGUGGAAAUAUCAGUAGAUAGUUGUUAAUAUUAUACUUUAAAUAAUUCAACAUUUUUUGUUUAAUCGUUUUUUAUUCUUCUCGAAUGUUCAAUUUUGUUACUACAAUGAAACGCAUAAGAUCAUAUACCAGUAUGGGGUAUAAGAGAUGUUUUGCUGUUAGUUUUUCAUGUUCAGAUUAAACGAUCAAAACACUGA